GAGGCCGAGCGGGGCGCCGGACCCCCGGCGGGCGGCGGGCAGAGGCUCUGGCCCAGCCUUCCGGCAGGGGCACUGCACCUUUUCUGGGCCCCUGAGACCUGUCCACACUGCGCCUUGGGCCUGAGGAAUGUUGACUGCUCUCCUCGUGGGCACUGGUGCUCCUGAGCCAAAGCCGGGAAGACAGGCAAGCCCAGCCCCGGCCCAUCCUGGAGCCGUCGGAAGCUGCAAGCUGAUAUCCGUCCAGAUUUCCACGCAACCUCCACCCCCUCAGAGAUCUGCUUUCCUGCUGGUCGGGGCAGCUCACGAAGCACCUUGAAGUGUGCUCUCCUGUCAGCGCCUGACAAGGAGCCCGCUGCCUGGGGCACCAGACACACUCCCGCUGGAGACUCCUGGCCCUCCGGAGGGCCAAAGCAUGGCACCGUGACACCCCAUUUUAGGCCCCUCUCCCCACUUCUACUCUGGUCUCCUGAGCUCAGAGUCCAGCCCAGGGACCAGGAUGGGUCGUGAGCAGGACCUGAUUCUCGCUGUCAAGAAUGGAGACGUGACUGGUGUGCAGAAACUGGUGGCUAAGGUCAAGGCGGCAAAGACAAAGCUCCUCGGCUCCACAAAGAGACUCAACGUCAACUACCAGGAUGCUGACGGCUUCUCUGCUCUCCACCAUGCUGCCUUGGGGGGCAGCCUGGAACUCAUAGCCUUGCUGCUGGAGGCUCAGGCCACUGUGGACAUCAAGGACAGCAAUGGCAUGCGCCCAUUGCACUACGCCGCCUGGCAGGGCCGGCUGGAGCCCGUGAGGCUGCUGCUGCGGGCCUCUGCGGCCGUGAAUGCCGCCUCGCUGGACGGGCAGAUCCCGCUGCACCUGGCCGCCCAGUACGGGCACUACGAGGUGUCGGAAAUGCUCCUCCAGCAUCAGUCCAACCCGUGCCUGGUCAACAAGGCCAAGAAGACACCCCUGGAUCUGGCCUGUGAAUUCGGGCGGCUCAAGGUGGCCCAACUGCUACUGAACAGCCACCUGUGUGUGGCGCUGCUGGAGGGUGAAGCCAAGGACCCAUGUGACCCCAACUAUACCACGCCCCUGCACUUGGCUGCCAAGAACGGCCACAGAGAGGUCAUCAGACAGCUCCUGAAAGCUGGGAUUGAGAUCAACCGCCAGACCAAGACGGGCACGGCCCUCCACGAGGCCGCGCUGUACGGCAAGACCGAGGUGGUGCGGCUGCUCCUGGAGGGCGGGGUGGACGUAAACAUUCGGAACACCUAUAACCAGACUGCGCUGGACAUCGUGAACCAGUUCACCACCUCCCAGGCCAGCCGGGAAAUCAAACAGCUGCUGCGGGAGGCUUCGGGGAUCCUGAAGGUCCGAGCACUCAAGGAUUUCUGGAACCUCCAUGAUCCCACUGCCCUCAAUGUCCGAGCGGGGGACGUCAUCACGGUGUUAGAGCAGCACCCCGACGGCCGCUGGAAGGGCCACAUUCACGAGAGCCAGAGGGGCACGGACCGGGUGGGCUACUUCCCCCCAGGCAUCGUUGAGGUUGUCAGCAAGCGGGUUGGCAUCCCCACGCCACGCGUCCCCUCUGCACCUGCCCCCCUGCGCCCAGGCUUCUCCCGGACACCACAGACCCCUGCUGAUGAUCCCCUGCACCCUCUUACCUAUGGCCAGCUCCCACGAGGGGACCUCAGCCCAGAUAGCCCAGCAGGUGACAGGAAUAGUGUGGGCAGCGAGGGCAGUGUGGGCAGCAUCCGCAGUGCUGGCAGCGGGCAGAGCUCCGAGGGCACCAACGGCCAUGGCACCAGCCUCCUUAUUGAGAAUGCCCAGCCACUGCCCUCGGCGGGAGAGGACCUGGUACUGCUGGGACUGCACCCCCCACCCCUGGCAGACAACCUGAGCCACCGGCCUCUGGCCAGCUACCGCUCAGGGGAGCAGCCUUUCACCCAGGACGUGAGGCCAGAGCAGCUGCUGGAGGGGAAGGAUGCUCAGGCUAUUCACAACUGGCUGAGUGAGUUCCAGCUGGAGGGCUACACCGCCCACUUUCUGCAGGCUGGUUACGACGUGCCCACCAUCAGCCGCAUGACGCCCGAGGACCUGACAGCCAUUGGGGUGACCAAGCCGGGGCACAGGAAGAAGAUCGCCUCUGAGAUCGCGCAGCUCAGCAUCGCCGAGUGGCUGCCCAACUACAUCCCUGCGGACCUGCUGGAGUGGCUGUGUGCUCUGGGGCUGCCGCAGUACCACAAGCAGCUUGUGAGCGGCGGCUACGACUCCAUGGGGCUGGUGGCCGACCUCACCUGGGAGGAGCUGCAGGAGAUCGGCGUCAAUAAGCUCGGUCAUCAGAAGAAGCUUAUGCUGGGGGUGAAGAGGCUGGCGGAGCUCCGGCGAGGCCUGCUGCAGGGGGAGGCCCCCGGCGAAGGGGGUUGCCGGCCAGCCAGGGGCCCGGAACUGAUGACCAUUGAGGGUCUAGAGAACGGGGACGGCCCCCCUGUGGCUGGCCCACGUCUCCUCACCUUUCAGGGCAGCGAACUGAGCCCAGAACUACAGGCGGCCAUGGCAGGGGGAGGCCCUGAGCCGCUCCCUCUGCCCCCUGCCCGCUCCCCCAGCCAGGAGAGCAUUGGAGCACGCUCACGCGGGUCUGGGCACUCACAGGAACAGCCUGCCACGCAGCCCAGUGGUGGAGACCCCAGCUCUCCCCAGGAGAGGAAUCUUCCAGAAGGCAUAGAGCGGCCACCUAAACUUUGUUCCCCACUUCCUAGCCAAGGAGCCCCCCCUUAUGUUUUUAUGUACCCCCAGGGCUCACCCUCCAGCUCAGCCCCAGGGCCUCCUCCUGGUGCACCCCGAGCCUUCUCCUACUUGGCUGGAUCCCCUGCUGCUCCUCCAGACCCGCCUCGGCCCAAGCGCCGCUCCCACAGCCUGAGCCGCCCUGGGCCAGCUGAGGGGGAAGCAGAGGGCGAGGUGGACAACGGGCCUGCAGGCAGCACCUUGGGCAGCUACGCCACCCUCACACGGCGACCUGGACGCAGCGCCCUGGCACGGACCAGCCCCAGCCCGACCCCAACCCGAGGGGCUCCUCGUAGCCAGUCCUUUGCCCUCCGGGCACGCCGCAAAGGCCCCCCGCCCCCACCCCCCAAGCGCCUCAGCUCUGUCUCUGGCCCCACCCCUGAGCCUCCACCACUAGAUGCAAGCCCCGGGCCCAAGGAAGGGGCGUCGGGGCCGCGAAGGCGAACACUGAGUGAACCAGCUGGCCCAUCAGAGCCCCCUGGCCCGCUGGCCCCCACGGGCCCUGCAUCAGACACAGAGGAUGAGGAACCAGGGCCUGAGGGGACAACCCCAUCUCGGGGCAGCUCAGGGGAAGGGCUACCGUUUGCAGAGGAGGGGAACCUGACUAUCAAACAGCGGCCGAAGCCAGCGGGCCCCCCACCCCGGGAGACGCCUGUGCCUGCUGGCCUCGACUUCAACCUCACAGAGUCCGACACCGUUAAGAGGAGGCCCAAGUGCCGGGAGAGGGAACCGCUGCAGACAGCUCUUCUGGCCUUUGGAGUAGCCAGUGCUACAGCUGGCCCCCCUGCGCCCCCCUCCUCCCAGACCCUCAGCGAGUCCCCCUCGGCUCCCAGCCCGCCCCGGCCUGACCCUAGUGGCCCUCCAGCUCCAGGAGCCCCAGCCCCUGUUUCUCCCAGUCCCUCAAACCAAACCCCCUUGCUCCCUUGCCCUGGGCCGGCUCUGGACAACUCAGCGGGCAGUCGGCGGCAUGGGGACACUGAGGCCCCGGCUGUGCCAGCUGCCCCUGCUGCCCUCAUCAAGGUGCCUGGAGCAGGAUCAGCCCCAAAGCCUGUGUCUGUGGCCUGCACCCAGCUGGCAUUUUCUGGCCCUAAGCUGGCUCCCCGGCUGGGCCCCCGUCCGGUGCCCCCGCCAAGGCCAGAGAGCACUGGGGCUGCAGGCUCCGGACGGGCACAGCAGAGACUGGAGCAGACCAGCUCCUCCCUGGCAGCUGCACUGAGGGCUGCAGAGAAGAGCAUUGGCACUGAGGAGCGAGAAGGCACCCCCGGCACCUCCACCAAGCACAUCCUGGAUGACAUCAGCACCAUGUUCGACGCCCUGGCCGACCAGCUGGAUGCCAUGCUGGACUGAGCUGUGCCUGCAGUGCUGCAGCGUCCACUGCCUUUGCCCAGCACAGAAGAUGCCAGCUGCUUGGGCCAGGAGCUGUCAGCGCCGCGGUGCUUGGGGAGCAGCCCCCACGGGGGCCAGGGGACUUGUCAGAACCUGGCCUCUCAGCAAAGCCCCCUCCAAGUGUGUAAUCUGACCAGACAGCCCUGCCCCUUGGAAGGGGGCCUGGUAAGAACUUCCUCCCCAGGGAGAAAGAGGCGGUUGCAUCUGGAGGUCUUUCUCUGGCCCCUGCCCCCAGUCUCGAGUCUCUGUGCCAAGGUGCCCUUGCCACCCGCUCUCCUGGAGCUCUGACAGCGGCAGGUGUGGCGUGCCUGGCGGGUCCCCUACAGGUGUACAUAGGACAUGUAAAUAAGCCACCGGAGGCCCACUCCGGGUGGCAGUGCCCAGGCCAGCCCCUGCUCCUGCAGGGGUGGGGGCACUAUGAAGAGAACCCUGAAGUCCAAGCUUUUUCAACUGUAAAUGUUAUUUUUUAAGCAGAGAGAAAUGCAUAUAUUUUAAAUGGAAUUUAUUCUAUCUAUAACUGCCUGAAAGGACGUAGUGGGGAGGGGCUUUGGAUGGCAGCCGAAGUGCCUGCUGCCAGCCUGGGGGCAGGAGCCUGACACCGUGGCCCAGGCCCCAGUUCUGGAACCUUAACCUCUCCCCCGACUAACACCAAUGAACGUGUCGUGCCGCACGAGCAGCUGUGUGUCUGGGUCUGUGCCGCCACCGCCGGGCCACGCCGCGCACCACCUCGGAUGAGGAGGAAGGCUCGGGUGACCCCCACCCCCGCCGCCUCAUCUUUGGGGUUCCCUCACUGGCUGAAGCCUCAUGGACCAGUCACAGGUUUUUCUUAAGCAAUUUACAAGUUUUAAUACAAACCAGUCUACAUUCAUUCCUAGAAGGCUCAUUUCCAGUAAAAAAUAUACACCAGUAAAAACAUUCUCACAGGAGAACUCGGGCAGGGGCCCAAAGGGGCCCCCUGGGCUGGGUCCCCAAGACUGACCCCACGGCUCGCUUGAGGGUGGCCACGGGAAGCACUUCCAGGCCCAGGUGAGGGGCUUUCACCUUCUUCGGGUCCCCACAGGUGGAGGGAGGAGAAAUGCCUGGCUACACCUCGGCCCCUGCCCCGGGAAGACAGGAUGAGGGGCGCGGGGUGGGGCUCCGGCACCCCCGCAGCAGCAGCCGCCCGAGCGAGGCACAACCUCUCAUAGCUGCCACCACCGCGCUGGCAAAAAGUUGAGGCACUGCUCCCCGCCGCCCCAUAUUCACAGCGCUGCCCCAGAGGCCCAAGAGCAGAGGGCACUGGGUUAGAGGACCCUGAAGGGGGCACACACACGGUGGGAGGGGUUGAGGGCCUUCAACUAAGCGCUCAAUAUCACACACUCAAGACGCCCCUGCCUAGACCCGGAGGACGCCCAGCAGGCAGACCUGGGGCCCAGGCUCAGCAGCGCCUCCGCGCAACAGAUGACAAGCCCUGGGACCGGGGCCUCCAGUGCCAUGAGAUGCAGGAGAAAACCCUGAAACGUUCGUGAUACCACCCACCCAUACCCCAAAACGGGUCUGCUUCAGCCCCAGGGACCAGGGCAACUGGCCUCUGCGGCCCAUGGCUCAGAAGGGAGAGUUCAUGCCCAGCUUAGUUUCAAACUGCAGCUUCUGUCGCUUCUGGUAGCGGACCCGGACCCUGUGGGAAAGCAUAUUAGAGUCCAGGUCAGCGCAGACCCCCAGACCAGGGCACGGAGCCGGACGCCAGAAGAG